CGUCGGCGUCGCUCGCUCAGUGUUAAAGAGGCGUCGGUGGUGGACGCAGUGGUGAACGUGCGAACUCUCUUCGACGAAGUGAGAAAGAAACGAGCGCACGAGGGUGGUGCGGUUCAUAAAGGAGAGAGGGUGCGAAGCGAGAUAGGAGGAACGAAGCGCACACCGACGCCCAAACGACGAUCUUUUUACGAACGAACGAUCGACUGAGAUAUAUUCAUUUAUUCUUCAUUACUUAUUUCCGCUUUCUCAAUCCCGCUAUUUAUCCCUUUCCCCGUUCCCUCCCUCGACCCCCCAUACGCGCAUUAUCUCUCACUAUCUCACCGUCACAUUUUCGACGACGAACAAACGAACACUGAACGAAUAAUAUAACCGAUCCCUCGAGCUAUGGCAGCCACCGCCAUGGACCCAGUCGACAUUGCGAAUAUACUCGCGCAGGAAUUGCUCUAUCAGCAGCUGGUAUCUCUGGACGGAUUGCACAGCGGAGUGCCGACCAGGACGACGCCGACGCUGACGCCGACCACCCUCCGCAGCAUCGAGCAGACGUUCCUGGAGCUGACAAGCGAGUCGGCGUCGCACAGUCGCGAGGCCGGCUUCGUGCCGCCGCUGGUCGAACCGUCGCAGCCGACCCCGGCUCAGACGCAAAACACAACGGCGGUACAUCUUCCGGCGCCGACGACCACCCUUAUCGAGACCCAGCAGCAAACACAGCCGCAGCAGCAGCAGCAACAGCAGCCAGUUAGACGCAAUAUGGGUGGCAGGCGGCCUACCAGAACGAUCGGGAUGACCCCCGAGGAGGAACACAGGCGACAGAUCCGCCGCGAAAGGAACAAGAUGGCAGCGGCGAGGUGUCGCAAGCGAAGAAUGGAUCACACCAAUGCCCUACUUGAAGAGACUGAGGGUUUGGAACAAAAAAAACAAAGCUUGCAGGAUGAGAUCGAGCAGCUGAAGCAGGUCAGAGAUGAACUGGAAUUUAUUUUGGACGCCCACAGAGCUGUUUGUCGCCGUUCGCUACGCCCCUCGUCCCCGCUGGAUGUAAAACCCGUGAUAAAGACCGAUCACUCGGUCGAGAAUCAGUUUGCCGCCGAAAAACCUGUGAAAGGCGAUACGACGGUAGCCGCGGCAGCGAGACCGAAUCGACCUAAUUCAUUGCCGGUCGGAUUGGACAACAAUAACAGACUGAAUUCCCUGACCAUGUUUGUGGAGCCGAAAGAGAGACCGGACACACUCGCCUUCAAGACGGUGGAGACCCCCGCCUUUAUGAAGCCGUCGAUGGAUGUGGCCGGUAUGCCGAUCACCACUCCGACCAGCGGCAUACCGUUUAAUUUUGAAUCCCUAAUGGAAGGCGGCACCGGUCUCACGCCGGUCUCGACGCCUCUGAUACCGUCGUGCUCGACGCAACAGAGAAGCAAUCUGUCAGUCGUGGAUCUCAGCUCCCCGGACGCGAAUCCCCCGAAGCUCGUAAGCUUGUGACGCCACGACGACAUGGUGGAGCAUGGGUCCAACGAAGAGAACGAACCCGAAUGAGAACGGGAGUACCAUGACGCGAAGGAUUAUUUUUACUAAGGAGGAGCAGAAGUAUUAUACGCGUGCUCUUUACAACGAAAUUUUUGAUCGCUCUUAAAAAGCUCUUUCACGCGAUUUCGCUUAAUACAGCUGGCGCUCUUUCUCUUCAAACGUGUCUUUCUUUCAGAAUCUCUCAACGUGCUGUAUUACGUGCAAAAAAUGUACGUGGAAAAGAUUUGUUGUAUUUAGAAUUUUAACGCUGCGAAUAUUAUUUGACUCUCAGUAUUUUCCUUAUUCGCAGACGAAUCUUGUCAAUUUAAACAUUUUUAAAUAUCUUUUAUUGUUGCAAAAUAUAAAUUUGUAGGAGAAAGAGAAAUAUGUUUGAAGAGAAAAGGCAACAGCUGUUUACGCCUUUAAGGAAAUUUUAUCGCAGAUAUGAGCAAUAAUGUCUGCAAACAAGUGAUAUAAGUAUAUUCAACGUUUAAAAGUAACGAAUUAGAAUAAUGAAUGUAAGGUGUCAUUUUUUAAGCGAUUCAACGAGACGAGUAAAAUUUUAUACUAUAAUUCUAUAUUGUGUGAAAAUAAAAAUUUAAAAUGUAAGACAAAAAACAAGAUUAGCUCAAACAUCUAAGUACAUUAAGGAGUCUAAGAGCUCUUUGAAUUGCGCUUAAGAUUGAUCAACAACAGUUCGCAUAAUUUAAAUGUAUAUUUCAUUAAUUAGGGCGGAUAAAUAAAAAUACACGAAUGCGGGAAUUCCCAAAUUGUUUUCGCGACGUUCAAGAAGAAAAUCUCGCUUUCGUGUUAUCCGCAUAAAUUUUUUUAUACGCGGCUGUCGUUUUUCCAGUCUCACGCGACAUUAUAACAUUUAAUCCCUCCACAUACAAUAUAAUAUAUACAUAUAUUUUACGACGUGACAUUUUUGCAUGAUCUUAAGCAAUAUUAAUAUAUUUAUGCGCGACUGCUAGUUAUGAUGCAUGGAAGCCCGUAAUGAUGACGUUCUGAUGGCCUGCUAGCGGCAUUUUUUCGCUCUGGCUGAUUACCAAGAGCUUUCCGUAUCAUAUUUGGUGGUCGCUAUUGAGAAUUGUAUAUGGAGAUUGUAACGCACCAAUGAUAAUGUUGCAAUAUAUUUUGAUUAGAUUUGAGUCAAUAAAACAAAGUAUAAUUGUA